CGCUGACAACGAUGAAGAAGGCAAACAACAACAAGGCGAACAACAACAUCCACGCCUCGCCAGCGUUGGCGGUGGUUGCGGUGGUGCUGGUGGGUGUGCUGGUCGCUGGGGUCGGGUGGUAUGUGGAGAGGUCGGUGCAACGGCUGGAAGAGAGCAACACGGAAUUGCACAAGCGAGUGGCAGCUUUGGAGACUGCGCUGCACGCGACCCGGGCCGACCUGAACCAAGUGCGGCAAGCCACAGCAUCGUCUUCGGCGACGGUGUCACAGGGAGCGGCUUCGUCUAAUUCUCAGGAUGCGACAGGAGUCGCGUCAGCUGACACGCAAGACGACGGCGGCGCUGCUGGCUCUUUCUCCCUUGGAACCACCACCAUCCACUUCAUCUUUGGGCUCUGGGACGACGGCGAGAUGCCCCAGCACUUUAAAGACACUGUGGCUGCAUGGAAGAGGGUGAAUCCUGCGUGGAACGUCAAGGUGUGGGACGCCAAGGAGGUCAAGGAGCUGUGGCGCUCCCAUUUCAAGGACUAUCGCCACAUCUGGAAGAAGGCGCUGCCCAUCCAACGCGCAGACAUUGCGCGGCUUAUGAUCUUGCUCGUGUACGGCGGGCUGUAUGCGGACCUUGACUGCGUGCCGAGCAAGCCCGUCGACGACGUGUUUGACCAGGCCGGCUUUCGCUUCGUUGUGCACGAUGCCAUCGUCUGCUUGGAGGACGACAAGGACCCUGCAAAGAUGGUCCACACCGCACGCUGGCCCAUCCGCAAAGGUGUGCCGGAGUACCAUCGCAGGGUUGCAAACUACGUCAUGUGGGCCAAGCCCGGGGCACAGGUCAUCGCUGAUGCGUUGAAACUGGCCGUUCACCGUGUCGAGACCACAGACAAGUCGUUCUACCACGUCUCCGGUAGACCAGACCUGAACAACCCCUAUGCGAUCAUCUACACCACCGGACCGGAUGUCCUGACAGAGGCCGUGUUCCCCAUCAAGAACGGAGAGCGAACAACACACGAACGAACGAUGGUGAUUGGGGAAGGCAAAUGCUACAUGACCAACAAGGCGACGGGCACGUGGAUUGGAGACAAGCACCCGGCAUGGGGUCAGAAGACUUGACUAUUGUCGUUGAAGUGACGCAGAAACACAUCCCGCGUACCCUUCCUCCCUUCCUCCCUUCCUUCCUCCCUUCCUUCCUUCCUUCCUCCCUUCCUUCCUU